UCAGUCUAUUUAGUAAUUCACUGAAAGCUUAACUAACCCAUCUUCUUUUAACCGGCUGCCUUUAGACGGAAAGUUUCUCAUCUCCCAUGGCAAGCAACCCGCCGGAGGGCUAUGCAGAUGAUUUCCUCGAUCAAAUCCUCUCAAUCCCCUCCUACGGAAGCCUCGAUAACGGAAACGAUGGACACUCCCUACCAUCAAAUCUCACCUCCGGCGACAUCGUCUCUGCCGGCGGAAGAUUCCAGCAGCCGUUCAUCCCUCUAGGCCUCAGUCUAGACAACGGAAACGAUGACCGGACCGAAAGAGAGCCGGCGAACAUGGGCAUUUUCUUCCCUGCGUUUGAGCAUUUACAGCCUCAUUCUGUCCGGCCAUCUGUAAAUCAGCUUCAGCAGCCUUUUCAUGGACAAAUGACUUCGAGCACCACAGUCUCAGUCCCACGCCAGCCUGUUAACCACCCAAGGGUUCGAGCCCGUCGUGGCCAAGCCACUGACCCCCAUAGUAUUGCUGAACGGUUGCGUAGAGAAAGAAUAGCUGAAAGGAUAAAGGCCUUGCAAGAACUUGUUCCAAGCUGCAAUAAGACAGAUAGGGCUGCAAUGCUUGACGAGAUUCUGGAUUAUGUUAAGUUCUUGAAACUCCAAGUCAAGGUUCUAAGUAUGAGUAGGCUAGGUGGAACCGGUGCAGUUGUCCAACUUGUGGCUGAUGUCCCAUUGAAAUCAGGCCAGGAGGACAACACUGAAGACAGUUGCAAUCAGCAGGCAUGGGACAAAUGGUCAAAUAUGGACAUAGAACAGGAAGCUGCCAGGCUCAUGGAAGAAGACGUCGGGGCAGCAAUGCAAUACCUUCAAUCAAAAUCUCUAUGCAUAAUGCCGGUAUCACUAGCUGCCCUGAUUUUACCCGGUCAACCGACGGGUGACUCGAACAACUCUGAUUAACUCGAAACCAAACAGGUCUUUGGGUGGUGGAUAACUGUUUUACAUGUCUAUGUCUAAUAACCUAUUUUUCUUUGGCUUGUUCAACAAUGCAAUCAAAGUCAGAUGGCAUGAUCUUACUUUGCUCCUUUAUGCCUUUUGGCUUUUGUGAAAUUGUAUUUGAUAUGAUAGCUUGAAGAUAAACAUUGAAAAUUUAAGACACUUUUUAUAUUAUCUAAUAAGUAAUAUUCAUUUCAACUUA